AUGAAGAACCCGCAUGAGGGAAGCGCUGAAAAAGUGGAUAAGAAGAAUAUUGAAGAGGGCCAAGCAGAUCCACAGAUUAUUAAGAAGACACAAGAGAAAAACAAAGAAAAAGUGACUAAGAAUUCUUCCAAAGAUGCUCCAGUAAUAUCAUCUGAAUCCGCGGGCGGUUCUGGUAGAGCAGCUUUACCUCAGACGGAUUUGGCACUUCUGGCUGCUGCAGAGAAGAUGGCCUUAGAGAAAGGUGAUUACGAUACCUUCGGACCUCCAGGAAAGAACCGUAAGCAUAAAAAGAAGGGCAAGUGA